GCUGUUCCAGACCAAGUGCAGCAGCUGCUUGAAGGCGAUCGCCCCCUCCGAGCUCAUCAUGCGGGUGCUGGAGAACGUCUACCACGUUCACUGCUUCUACUGCUGCGAGUGCGAGCGGCGCCUGCAGCGGGGAGACGAGUUUGUGCUCAAAGAGGGGCAGCUGCUGUGCCGCAGCGACUACGAGAAGGAGAAGGAGAUGCUGAGCGCUAUCAGCCCGGCGCCCACGGAGUCCGUGAAAAGCGAGGACGAAGACGGCAGCCACUCGCACGGCAAAGGCAGCGAGGAGAGCAAAGACCACAAGCGCUCCAAGCGCCCGCGCACCAUCCUGACCACCCAGCAGCGGCGGGCGUUCAAGGCUUCCUUCGAGGUUUCCUCAAAACCUUGCAGAAAGGUGAGAGAGACGCUGGCCGCCGAGACGGGCUUGACGGUGCGGGUGGUGCAGGUCUGGUUCCAGAACCAAAGGGCCAAG